GCACCUUCGAUCUAAACCAGCUUGUAUAUUCCCGAGUUUCGUACUUUACUGCCAUACUAAACGUCUCCGUGAACGCCAAACGUUUGUUGUUCUGUCCCUUCAUUCUAAACUUAUCUGUGGAUUCCUGAGAAAAAGAUGCAGUCAUUAUCACUUGUUGUUGUGUUGUGCCUUGUCACAGGCUCACUUGCCGGCCACACACACGGGAUCAAUCUUGCUGACCAUGACAGCGAGGAGGCGCGUAAUUUGUUCUUAUUGGCUGACGUAGACCAUGAUUACAUGCUCUCCAGAACAGAACUCCACAGCGUCUUCCUCGACUUCGACAUGAAUAACGACACGAUCGUGACUGCUGACGAGUUCCUUAGUGAUUGGAUGGCCCGGAAGUUAGGCGACUCCAUAGAGGCCGUGGUGUUGUUCCACCACCUCGACGUGGACCGGGACGGAGUGAUUCACGAGGACACUGACCUGCCCUGGAUCCUCCACUUCUUCGACCGUGACCAUGACGGAUUAAUAUCGCAAGCCGAGUUUGUGGUCCAAUGGAUCAAAAUCAUGAUAUCUACACCUUCAUAAAAAGAGCAUCUGCAUAGCAGAAAGCAAACCAAUUUUUGAUUGGCAAAAUGUUGGAAUUAUGUGAAAUAAAAUCUUUUGUGUUAGCAAGGCA